AUGUCUAAGGGACCUGCAGUUGGUACUGAUUUUGGCAGCACCUACCCUUGUGCGGGUGUCUUUCAGCAUGAAAAAGUAGAGACAAUUGCCAAUGAUCAGGGAAACCGCACCACUGCAAGCUACAUUGCCUUUGCUGAUACCGAAUGUUUGAUCACUGAUGCUGCAAAGAAUCCAGUUGCAAUGAACCCCACCAACAGGUUUUUUGAUGCCAAACGUCUGAUUGGAUGUAGAUUUGAUGAUGCUGUUGUGCAGUCUGAUAUGAAGCAUUGGCUCUUUGUGGUGGUGAAUGGUGCAAGCAGGCCCAAGGUCCAAGUAGAGUACAAGCGUGGGAUGAAAACUGUCUAUCCCGAGGAGGUGUCAUCUAUGGUUCUGACAAAGAUGAAGGAAAUUGCAGAAGCCUAUCUUGGAAAGACUGUUACCAAUGCUGUGGUCACAGUGCCAGCUUACUUUAAUGACUCUCAGGCUACCAAAGAUGCUGGAACCAUUGCUGGUCUCAAUGUUAUUAGGAUUAUAAAUGAACCAACUGCUGCAGCUAUUGCAUAUAGCUUAGACAAAAAGGUUGGAGCUGAAAGCAAUAUGCUGAUCUUUGACCUAGGAGGUGGCACUUUUGAUGUGUCAAUCCUCACUAUUGAGGAUGGAAUCUUUGAGGUCAAAUCUACAGCUAGAGAUACACACUUAGGUGGAGAAGACUUUGACAACCAAAUGGUCAACCAUUUUAUUGCCAAGUUCAAGCACAAGCAUAAGAAGCACAUCAGUGAGAAUACGAGAGCCAUCUGAUACCUCCAUACUGCUUGUGAACAUGCUAAGUAUACUCUGUCUUCCAGCACCCAGGCCAGUAUUGAGAUUGAUUCACUUUAUGAAGGAAUAGACUUCCAUACCUCCAUUACCCGUGCUCAAUUUGAAGAAUUGAAUGCUGAUCUGUUCCGUGGCACCCUAGACCCUGUAGAGAAAGUUCGAGAUGCCAGACUAGACAAGUCACAGAUUCAUGACAUUGUCCUGGUUGGUGGUUCUACCUGUAUCCUCAAGAUUCAAAAGCUUCUGCAAGACUUCUUCAGUGGAAAAGAACUGAAUAAGAGUAUCAACCCUGAUGAGGCUGUUACUUAUGGUGCAGCUGUCCAAGUGGCCAUCCUGUCUGAAGACGAAUCUGAGAAUGUUCAAGAUUUGCUACUCUUGGAUGUCACUCUUCUUUCUCUUGGCAUUAAAACUGCUGGUGGAGUUAUGACUGCACUCAUUAAGUGCAACACUACCAUUCCUACCAAGCAGACACAGACCUUCACUACCUACUGUGACAACCAGCCUGGUGUGCUCAUUCAGGUUUACGAAGGUGAACGUGCCAUGACCAAGGAUAACAACUUGCUUGGCAAGUUUGAACUCACAGGCAUACCUCCUGCCCGUGGUAUUCCUCAGAUUGAAGUCACUUUCGAUAUUGAUGCCAAUGGCAUUCUCAAUGUCUCUGCUGUGGAUGAGAGCACUGGAAAGGAAAAUAAGAUUACCAUCACUAACAACAAGGGGCGUUUGAGCAAGGAAGACAUUGAAUGUAUGGUCCAGGAAGCUGAGAAGUACUAA